AGAGAUACAGAGGACGAAGGUGAUCCCAAAUGCUGUGUGGCGCAGCCUGCAGGACCAGUCAGAGGGUGCUCCAAUGAAGGUUAAUGAACAUAAGAAACACAGAGUCAGGGAGAAGAGCAGCAGGAAGCUCAGCUCAGAGUUGUUGGCCCUGACAAUCGGGGAUUAUUCUCAAUGGAUGGUGACUUUGUUAUUGGAGGUGUUUUCUCCAUACACACCUACAUGCAAACUGUCAAACAUAACUACACCAUCAUGCCGGAGCCACUAAAGUGCACAGGGAGAAUUGAGUCCCGUGAGCUGCGAUUCUCACGUGCAAUGGUCUUCGCCAUCGAGGAGAUUAACAACAGCACAGAGCUGCUGCCAGGCACCAAACUUGGUUAUAAGAUCCAUGACUCCUGUGCCUCAGUGCCUCGGACAAUGGAGGUAGCAUUUCAGCUUUCAAAUGGCCUUGAUCCGGUGUUUUACACUGGCAACAAUUGCUCACAAUCCGGUAUGGUGAUGGCUAUCAUCGGUGAGUCUGGGUCAACACCAUCAAUCAGCAUGGCACGCAUAAUCGGGUCCUUUAACAUUCCUCAAGUGAGCUACUUUGCCACUUGUGCAUGCCUGUCUGAUAAGCAGCAGUACCCCAGUUUCUUCAGGACAAUCCCCAGUGAUCAGUUCCAGGCUGACGCACUGGCCAAGCUGGUGAAACACUUUGGCUGGACUUGGAUAGGUGCUGUCCGGUCAGAUUCAGACUAUGGAAAUAAUGGCAUGGCCUCUUUCCUGGACGCAGCACAGAAGGAGGGGAUCUGUGUGGAAUACUCUGAAUCUUUCCAUCGGACCCACCCACCUAGCAGGAUCCAGAGAGUAGCUGAUGUUAUCCGCAGGUCAACAGCUGUAGUUAUUGUGGCAUUUGUGGCCUCUGGAGACAUGCGGAUCUUGCUGGAAGAGCUUUCACAUAAACCUCCCCCACCUCGCCAGUGGAUCGGCAGUGAGUCCUGGGUAACCAACAAAGACAUGCUAAGGUUCAACUUCUGCACUGGAGCCAUUGGAUUUGGCAUUCAGCAAUCUGUCAUCCCAGGUCUGAGAGAAUUCUUGCUGGAUCUCUCUCCCUCUAAAGUGGCUGCCUCUCCAUUGCUUACUGAGUUUUGGGAGGAUGUGUUUAACUGCAGGCUGGAAAAAAGUGCAGCCAUGGAUGAGCGUGUGUGUGCUGGAAAUGAAGACAUACAGACUCUCAACAGCCGGUACACUGACACAUCUCAGCUCAGAAUCACCAACAUGGUAUAUAAGGCUGUUUAUGCAAUAGCUCAUGCCAUCCAUAAUGCUAUGUGUCAGGACAGAAACUCUACAGUUCAAUGUGACAGAUCCACCAGGAUAAGGUCAAAACAGGUUCUUACCCAGCUGAAGAAAGUAAAUUUUUCCCAAAAUGGUUAUGAUGUGUCAUUUGAUGCAAAUGGGGAUCCUGUGGCUGUAUACGAACUGGUGAACUGGCAAAAAAGUGAGAGUGCUGGUAUUCAGAUGGUGACAGUUGGGCACUAUGAUGCUUCACAGCCGGUGGGCCAGGAAUUCCUUAUCAACAGGGACCUCAAUUGGAUGUUGGGUAGCAGACAAGUGCCUGUGUCAGUGUGCAGUGACAGCUGCCCUCCAGGAACUCGUAAAGUGCUGCAGCAAGGAAAACCCAUCUGCUGUUAUGAUUGUAUUCUGUGUCCUGAGGGAGAGAUUAGCAAUGAUACAGAUUCCCCUGAUUGUUUCCCUUGUCCAAAGGAGUUCUGGCCUAAUACAGAGAGAGACACUUGUUUCCCCAAGCCUGUAGAGUUUCUUUCCUUUGACGAGGUCCUAGGAAUCAUCCUGGCUACAUUCUCAGUUGGUGGUGCCUGUCUUGCCAUCAUAACAGCAGCUGUGUUCUUUCAUCACAGGACAUCCCCGAUUGUCAGGGCCAAUAACUCUGAGCUGAGCUUCCUCCUCCUUGUCUCUCUGGCUUUAUGCUUCUUAUGUUCAUUAACUUUCAUUGGAGCACCCUCUGAUUGGUCCUGCAUGCUGCGCCACACAGCAUUUGGGAUCACCUUUGUCCUCUGCAUCUCUUGUGUUCUUGGAAAAACAAUAGUAGUGUUAAUGGCUUUCAAAGCUACACUCCCAGGUAGUAAUGUCAUGAAAUGGUUUGGUCCUACACAGCAAAGGAUGACUGUAGUGUCUUUCACAUUCAUUCAAGUUUUAAUAUGCACUAUUUGGUUGUGUCUUAGUCCUCCAUUUCCAAUGAAAAACCUAACUUUAUACAAGGAGAGAAUCAUCCUGGAGUGUGCUUUAGGAUCAGCUAUUGGGUUCUGGGUUGUGCUUGGGUACAUAGGCCUACUGGCUUUCUUUUGCUUUGUGUUAGCUGUCCUAGCUCGGAAACUACCUGAUAAUUUCAAUGAAGCCAAGCUGAUCACCUUCAGCAUGCUGAUAUUCUGUGCAGUCUGGAUCACCUUUAUCCCAGCGUAUGUCAGCUCUCCUGGGAAAUUUACUGUGGCUGUGGAGAUAUUUGCUAUUCUGGCCUCCAGUUUUGGACUAAUACUGUGUAUAUUUGCUCCAAAGUGUUUCAUCAUAUUGUUUAAGCCAGAAAAGAACACCAAGAAACAUUUAAUGAACAAAAAUGAUUUCUAA